UAUCCAACCUCUCUGACUCGUUAUUUGCCCCCCACUGCUUCUUCCAAAUGGCUAUUCCUUCACUAGUAAACCAGCCUCUAGCAUUCAGCUUCUCCUUCCUCCUCUUUCUUGCUCUCUGCACCCCAUUGGCUGCUAACAACACCGAUUUCGGAGGUUCAGCCUGCCUCAAGGUUUCCCCCACCCACUUCGCCGGCUCAGUCACCGAAGUCAUAACUGCUAUACGACAAGUCGCUUCCAUCCUCUCACGCUUCAGCCCUCCCUUCGCCAACUUCCGCCUCGCCACCGCCCUCGCCGACUGCCUUGACUUGCUCGACCUCUCCUCCGACGUCCUCUCCUGGGCCCUCUCCGCCUCUCAGAACCCCAAAGGGAAGCAUAACAGUACGGGGAAUCUGAGUUCGGAUUUGAGGACAUGGCUAAGUGCGGCGCUUGCGCAUCCAGAGACGUGCAUGGAGGGAUUGGAAGGGACAAAUAGCAUUGUGAAGGGUUUGGUCUCAGCCGGAAUCGGCCAAGUGGUGUCGCUGGUGGAGCAGCUUCUUGCGCAGGUGGUGCCCGUACAGGAUCAAUUUGACGACGCCAGCAGCAAGGGGCAAUUUCCUUUGUGGGUUAAGCCCAAGGAAAAGAAGCUGCUGCAAUCAAUUGGAAUGACAGCUGCUGAUGUUACUGUAGCGUUAGAUGGGAGUGGGAACUAUGCUAAGAUCAUGGACGCGGUGCUUGCGGCACCGGAUUACAGCAUGAAGCGUUUUGUGAUUUUGGUAAAGAAGGGUGUUUAUGUUGAGAACGUGGAGAUCAAGAGGAAGAAGUGGAAUAUUAUGAUGGUUGGAGAGGGGAUGGAUUCCACCAUUAUCUCCGGUAACCGGAGUGUCGUCGACGGUUGGACCACAUUCCGGUCAGCUACAUUCGCUGUGAGUGGCAGAGGAUUCAUAGCAAGAGACAUAUCCUUUCAGAACACCGCAGGGCCCGAGAAGCACCAAGCAGUGGCACUAAGAUCAGACACUGACCUCUCAGUGUUCUUCCGAUGUGGGAUUUUCGGUUACCAAGACAGUCUCUACACCCACACAAUGCGCCAAUUCUUCAGAGAAUGCACAAUCACUGGAACGGUUGAUUACAUCUUUGGUGACGCCACUGCAGUGUUCCAAAACUGCUUCCUACGGGUCAAGAAAGGGUUGCCAAACCAAAAGAACACAAUCACAGCACACGGUAGAAAAGACCCAAAUGAACCAACCGGUUUCUCGUUCCAAUUCUGCAACAUAACCGCAGAUUCUGACCUUGUACCUUGGGUUAGCAGCACUCAAAGUUACCUGGGGAGACCCUGGAAGAGUUACUCACGAACAGUUUUCAUGCAAUCGUACAUGAGUGAGGUGAUAAGGGGAGAAGGGUGGUUGGAGUGGAAUGGGAACUUUGCAUUGGAGACAUUGUACUAUGGUGAGUACAUGAACACCGGGGCAGGUGCUGGACUUGCUAACCGUGUCAAGUGGCCAGGGUACCAUCCAUUCAAUGAUUCCAACCAGGCUAGUAACUUCACAGUGGCUCAGUUUAUUGAGGGGAAUCUAUGGUUGCCUUCAACUGGAGUAACGUACACUGCGGGACUCAUACUUUAGUUUAACACAAAUUAAUACUGCCAAAGAGGAAAUUAUAGGGGUUAUGCAUUUAAGUGUUUUGUGGUUAGCAUUAACGAGCUUCAACAACAAUCCAUCGGUUUGGCGAAAUUUUCUUUUCUUUGUGGGGGUGACUUCAUUUGGUGUGGUGACAAAUCGCUGCAUGAGAAAUACUAAUACUAUUUUACAACGAGCCAGUGCUAAUUAAUGAAGUCCCAACUAACUACAUUUGUAGAAAUUGCAGCAAAAAAAUAAAUAUAAAACUGCACUGUAGAGAGUAGAGUUCUUGCACAUGUUGUAUCCAUUUAGAUUGGAUAGUAUUUCUGGUCCCCAGCUCCUGAUUCUAGCACGGAAUUAUGUCAAUGUGUUAGUUUAUUUUCUAAAAAA